GGCCGAAGAGAAACAUCGCUUUUCAAGAUGAACAGCGUCGAGUGUGAGCGGCUGGACAGCCUGGAGGGCUGGGUGGCCAUUAAAAGUAACAUAUUCGAGGAGACGGAGACGUUUAAACUCGGCUUCAUCGUCCAGUGGAACGUCAUCGAGUGUAAGUUCGCCGUCACCUGCCACAACCGGACGUUACAGCGGCAGAAACGCAAAGCAGAAGUUGCCGUCGACUCUCAGGUGAGCUGGGCAGGACUCUUCUCCGUCAGCGACUUAAAACACGUCCACCAGCAGUUUACAUGCGUGGCGGACGUCCUGGGGACCUGCUUCCCGGAUCUGACCGAGUUCGAAGACGGGAACAUCUGGGACUUGCUCUUCCUGAACCGGAGGUCGGGUCCGGACGACGACGACGACGAGAGAGACUUCGACACGCCGUGUCGGAAACUGGAGAAAUACUUCAGCACCGCCAUCGACAUCUGCGGACGAAAGAUCGUCCUCGACACUUUGUUCACGCAGGAUGAGCGGGACGUGGAGGAAUACUUUGAAAACCUGCAGGAGUUCAAGAGGAAGACCAUGCAGGAGGAGAUGGCAAGGGCCAAAGGUCACCUGCGACAGCUGCUGCAGCGCCACAGCGGCGCCGACCGAAUGGUUGCACUGCUCAGCAUCUACGAGGAAGAGGACGAGGUGUACCAGGACCUGGUCACUGUGGCCACCACCUUCUUCCAGUAUCUGCUCCAACCCUUCAGGGACAUGAGGGAGCUGGCCAGCCUCUACAAGAUGGAGAUCCUGAAGUCGUUGGAGUUUGAGGACUUGGGUCCUAAGAGAAUUGCCGCUCUCGAGAAGGAGGCGGAGGAGUGGAGAACGAAAGCAGAAGACGCAGUCGCCUCGAUUCAGGACAUCACUGUCACCUACUUUGCACAGACUUCAAAGGCUCUGGCUGGUAUGGUAAAGCAGAUGGAGGAGGAUAAGUGUCGUUUCGGAGCUGCUGCCUGGGCGUCUGCGGCCCCCCGACUGGAGAAACUUCGCUUCCUGCUGGCCAAAGAAACUCUGCAGCACAUGAGAACUAAAGAGAUGUGCCUCAACCGCAAGAAAGACGGCAUCAGAGAAAGAUUGGGCGGCCUGUCCAACAGAGUCCAAGGCCUCAGAACCGAUUCGAUGUCUCCGUCUGCGGUCGGCCAGCAGCAGGACACGGUGGACCAGCUGGAGCUGCAGUUCUACGAGACCCAACUGGAUCUGUACGACACAAAGUUUGAGAUCCUGAAGAACGAGGAGCAGCUGCUGGUGGCUCAGAUAGACAGCCUGCGACGGCAGAUUAAAGAACUGAAAGACGAGGUGGUGUACUACGACGUGUGUGAGGAUCCGGAGGAGCUGCAGAGCAUGGUCCACACCGGUACUCACCAAGCAGAACCUCCAGCUGUCCGUCAGCUCAGAAGACGCCUACAGACCUUAGAGGCCAAGAGAGGCAACAUCUGUGCCCGGCGAGCUUAUAUCCGCAACAAAAAGGAUCAGUGCAUGGAGGCCCAGGAGCAGAAGCAGCUGCGAGCCAAGCAGAGCUCCGUAGUCUUCAACCAGCAUCAUCAGGUCCACCUGAAGCGAGAGAAGAGGAAGGAGGAGGAGCAGAGGAGGAAGGAGUGGGUGGACGAGCAGCGAGAGAAGACGCUGAGCAGAUUACGAUCCUUCAGAGAGACGCGACAGGGCCAUUACAUCCUGAAGACUCCUCAGUCCAGGAUGUGUCCUUCAGAAGCGCCGUGUCUCGACUCCCAGCCGAUGUCCAUCAUCAGCCUCGGACCCUCUGAAGGACCCUCCUCCGUCCGUCCUGCACCCAGAAGCAGUAAAACUCCCAAGAAACAGCAGCUGAAAGACAUCCCUAUCCAGAUCUUCGCUGCACCGCCGCCUCCAACUACUGCGCCUCCUCCUCCUCCUCCUCCUCCUCCACCACCACCACCUCCCCCACUGCCCACUGCCUUUCCUCCUCCACCUGUCCGAGCAUCGCCUGCCUCUGAGGACACGCCGAAGCCUCUCAGCGAAAAUGAGGAUCCUCCUUUUCCAGCCAAGAACACGCUCAAACAAAAUAUUGGAACGAUGGAUGAAGUGUUGGCCUCGCUGCAGCGUGGACAGAUUCAGCUCAGAAAGGUUCCCGCUCCGAAGACGGCGCCCCCUGCUGUGGACCCGAGGAGCAAUCUGAUGUCCGCCAUCCGACAGGGAGUCACCCUGAAGAAGAUGGUUCCUGCUCGACUGGAGGCGCCGGACAGUGCUGACAACGAGCUGGAGCGCAGCAUCAAAGCCGCCAUGAUGAGGAUGAAGAAGGUGGCAGCCGACUCUGAGGAAGAAGAUGACCGAGGAGACGACGAGACACAGAGCACAGACUGGGACAGCUGAGACACACACACACACACACACACACACACACACACACACACACACUGAAGUUGAUGACAUCACUCCCGCUCUGUUUCCUUCUCUGAGCUUCAGCUUAUCGUUGCGGCCAAACUUUCACCAAAAAGCUUCGUCUGUGAGAAGAAGGGGAUCACGCCUCUCCUGCCUCAAACAUCGCAGUGUGUUGAAGUUGUCGAACAGUUAAUCAUGUUUGUCGUUUCACAAUAGUCCUGAGAUGUUGUAAUACACCCUCAACUACUCUAAUCCAACUUGAGUCUCCUCUAAAGCAGAAACGACACGCCGUGCUUCAGCGCUCAUCGAGAGGAGAAGCCGUGUCGAUGAUUGAACUCCUCCCAACGCGGCAUCUGAGGCUGUCGCACAGCAGGCAGAUGCAACAACACUACACUUGACUUUAAUUUCAGCACACUGUUGAGUGUAAACUCAGCUGACUUCUCUUAUUUUCCGAAUGUAAAUGAAAUCUAACCCCACAAGGGCUACAGCGGUCUGAGUUUUGAGGGUUUUAUCGCUAAACAAAAGAAGAGUUUUGUGAAGCUGAGGUGAAGAAGUGAUAAUUAUUUACAGCCUUUAUGUUUAAAGUCCCUGUUUUUGUUGUUUGUGUUACAGGCUGUUUGAUGCACUUUGUUUUUCUUUAUGUCAGAAAUGUGUGAACAUGUUUCGGUUUGAUUGAGGUGCAGUUUAUACACGGUCUGUCAUUACUUCCUGUCUGAGGCCAAAACAACAACAUGACGAAUAAAGAAUGUUACACAUUUGAUUUAAUAAUCAUUAUUUCCCCCAUUAAAAUGUGUGAUUUGUAAAAUAUGGCCAGAAGGUUUAGUUAAAAACAUUCAAAAGAUGAACUAACAUUAUGAACAGUGUGAGGAAACAACAGUGCUGACGUUUUUGGACUGUGUUGCAGAGAUGUGUACUGAAGUUAGCAUGCUAACCGGCUAGCCUCAGCCCAUCCUGUCUCGUAACUCCUCUUUGUACCACAGGAGGUGGUGAUGGUCUGAGUAGUUUCAGGUAGUUGUCUGAACACAGACUGUUUUUUAAAAAAACUCUCUCUGUCUGUCUGACUCAGCUGUGUCCCAGUCUGGAGGCUGGGUACUGUAGCACGACUAGCUCCACGGCUAACAGAGCCAUCAGCCAAUAUGCUAAUGGUUGCUAGCAGCAGUCGUUGGCUCCUGUGGUGAUCUGCUGCCUUCUAUGUUUUUGUCGCUACCGUUGAAUUCUGGCCAUAUUCUACAAAUGACACCUCUUAAUGUGCACAGCUGUGUCUCUAAUCACGGUUGAGUCCUCAGUAAAGCUUUCCGCUGAGCUUUUCUCCAAUUUUUUGACAUUAAAACAGCACUUUAAGGAAAUAAUUAGCAGAAUAAUUGUGUCUGCAGCAGCAGUGUCCUGCCCCAGUUUUUCUUUCAAAAACAUGUGAAUGUGUUCGGCUUAAUUCAGGUGCAGUUUAUUCAUGAUCUGUUAUUACUUCCUCUUUGAUACCUCGACAAAAGAAGUUACAAAGAGUUUUGAUUUAAUAACCAAUGUUUCAUUGUCAUUAUGCAGUUUCUCAUUACUGUACUCAGCUGUGUCUCUCUGACAGGCUGAUGUUGAAGUGUAGAGACGAACUUUGUACCGAUGACUGGAGCUGCAACGAUUGUAAGAGAGUUAAUUGCCAAGUAUGUUGAUCAUCGAUUAAUCGUUUCAGUCGUUUCAUCGUUGUCUUUUAUGGCAGUGAAUGAAGAGUUUGGGUUUUUUGACUGUAGAAGUAACCUGAAGGAAGUUUUCUUUCCAUUUUUUAUAGACUAAACGAUUAAUCGAUAGAGAAAUUAAUCGUUAGUUGCAGCUCUGCUCUUGACCUUUGACCCUGUGACACAGAGCACUUAACUGAAAGCUUAAGCUCUAAUGUAUUAUGUACAAAAAAAAAAAAUACCAAUACUGUCUGGGAACUGCAUUAAAUGUUUUUUUUAGCAUGAAAGUGUAAAGAACUGAAACUCCAGUGUGUUGCAGACGGGCUGAAACACACUUGUACUGCUGUGUUUUAAUAAUAAACGAAGACGUAGGAGAUCAUGC